AUGAUACACAAUAGAACUGAGUUAGAAGUCGUCGAGCUUUUUGUGGCCGAUCUGUUUAGUCUUUCUCCUAGAUUCGCGGCGGUCGAGUUUGGGUUUGGCAGGGAGUGUUACCUGCUCGGGGGUUUUGGUUUCCUGUAUUUGCUCCAAGAAGGUCAGGUGCUUGUCAGGAGAGUACUCCUAAAUAAGAAUGUCUUGGGAGGAAAACAACCUCAGCAAGCCUUAUGGAAUCCCUCAGAAGACGAAUGCAGGCCUUUUUAUUGUCGUGCUGGUUUGAAAAAUCUGAAACAGAGUAAAAUAGAAGAGAGUACCGUCACACUCAACAAUAAAGUCGCCCUUUUGUGA